AUGGCCGGAGCCCCCACCCUGGCCCUGCUGCUGCUGGGGCAGCUGCUGGCCGCCACCGUAACCUUGACCGAGGCACAGAAAGUGGGACCUCGAGGCCCGCCCGGUCCCCAAGGGCCACCUGGGAAGCCAGGCAAGGAUGGCAUUGAUGGAGAAGUUGGUCCUCCUGGUCUGCCUGGGCCCGUGGGACCGAAAGGGGCCCCAGGGAAGCCGGGGAAACCGGGAGAGGCUGGGCUGCCUGGACUGCCUGGAGUGGAUGGUCUGAACGGGCAGGAUGGACCUCCUGGACCCAAGGGCGCUCCCGGAGAACGGGGAAGUCUGGGACCCCCAGGGCCACCUGGGCUGGGGGGCAAAGGCCUCCCUGGACCCCCUGGAGAGGCAGGGGUGAGCGGCCUACCAGGUGGAAUUGGCCUCCGGGGCCCCCCGGGACCCUCAGGACUCCCAGGCCUCCCUGGCCCCCCGGGACCUCCUGGCCCCCCUGGUCACCCAGGGGUCCUUCCCGAAGGUGCUACUGAUCUUCAGUGCCCAGCCAUUUGCCCGCCAGGCCCCCCAGGGCCCCCAGGAAUGCCAGGGUUCAAGGGACCCACCGGCUACAAAGGGGAGCCCGGAGAAGUCGGCAAGGAUGGCGAAAAGGGUGACCCCGGCCCCCCUGGACCCCCUGGUAUCCCGGGCACCGUGGGGUUGCAGGGUCCACGGGGCCUACGAGGACUUCCAGGGCCACUCGGACCCCCUGGGGACCGGGGUCCCAUCGGGUUCCGAGGGCCCCCCGGGAUCCCAGGAGCCCCUGGGAAAGUGGGCGACAGAGGAGAGAGGGGCCCAGAGGGGUUCCGCGGCCCCAAGGGCGACCUUGGCAGGCCUGGUCCUAAAGGCGUCCCCGGCAUGUCUGGGCCUGGUGGAGAGCCGGGCAUGCCAGGCAAGGAUGGCAGGGAUGGCGUGCCAGGACUCGAUGGCGAAAAGGGAGAAGCUGGUCGCCAUGGCGCCCCUGGAGAGAAGGGGCCCAACGGGCUGCCAGGUCUCCCCGGACGAGCAGGGUCCAAGGGUGAGAAAGGAGAACUGGGUAGACCUGGAGAGCUGGGUGAGGCUGGCCCCUCGGGAGAGCCCGGUGUCCCUGGAGAUGUUGGCAUGCCCGGCGAGCGUGGAGAGGCUGGACACAGGGGCUCAGCGGGGGCUCUGGGCCCGCAAGGCCCCCCUGGGGCCCCUGGCGUCCGUGGCUUCCAGGGCCGGAAGGGCAGCAUAGGAGACCCCGGCCUGCCGGGCCCCCAAGGCCUCCGAGGUGUCAUCGGCGACCGGGGCCUGGGAGGAGCUGCCGGCCCCAAGGGUGACCAGGGCAUUGCGGGUGCUGACGGCCUUCCUGGGGAUAAAGGAGAACUGGGUCCCAGCGGCCCUGUUGGCCCCAAAGGAGAGUCCGGCAGUCGCGGGGAGCUGGGCCCUAAGGGCAUCCAGGGCCCCAAUGGCACCAGCGGCGUAGAUGGCGUCCCUGGCCCCCCCGGCCCCAUGGGCCUCCAGGGCGUGCGAGGCGUGCCCGGCAUCACUGGAAAACCUGGGGUCCCGGGGAAAGAAGCCAGCGAGCAACACAUCAGGGAGCUGUGCGGGGGGCUGGUCAGCGAGCAAAUCGCGCAGCUGGCCGCACACCUGAGGAAGCCCCUAGCACCAGGCUCCAUUGGGCGACCGGGUCCUGCUGGCCCCCCGGGCCCCCCAGGCCCCCCAGGCUCCAUUGGUCACCCUGGGGCUCGAGGGCCCCCUGGAUACCGAGGUCCCACAGGAGAGCUUGGUGACCCUGGACCCAGAGGAAACCAGGGUGACAGAGGAGACAAAGGCUCGGCUGGCGAGGGUCUGGAUGGGCCUGAUGGAGACCAAGGGCUGCAAGGACCGCAAGGUGUGCCCGGCGUCAGCAAAGACGGCCGAGAUGGGGCUCACGGCGAGCCUGGGCUCCCUGGCGAUCCUGGCCUUCCUGGUGCCGUCGGCGCUCAGGGGCCUCCUGGCAUCUGUGAUACCUCCGCCUGCCAAGGAGCCGUGAUGGCAGCUGUUGGGGAGAAGUCAGGUCCCCGGAGCUCCUAA